CCCGACGAAUCGAAAUAUGAGUGCGGUGCGUGUGUACAAGAGUAUAUACAUGUGCAGACGAUCCGUCCCGCGCGUAGUUAGAUAAAAUCCGUUAGCAUGAUAAUUUUCUCGUAAAAUCGAUAUAUCGAUAUACCGUGGUACAGCACUUGUGGACGCGACACAUUGUGAUUACGAACGUUCGCGAAUCAUCAUGACAGGGACCACCGAGACACUGAUACACGCGCGAAAAGAGGGCUCAGGGGUGAACAUGUCGGUGCACUUGUCGGAAGACAAAGCCUUCGAAGCUAAAAGGACACAAUGGCGGCAGUGGUUAGCGUGUAUUUCUGCAACCCUUUCGAUGGUGGCUGUCGGCACGGUAUAUGGAUGGACAACCACCUCUCUGUCACGUUUGACAUCAGGCGACCCCGAUGUGCCCGUGAAACUCACGGACGACGAGUGUUCGUGGAUCGUUUCGUUAACGGUGAUCGGUUCGAUGAUCGGCCCGUUUCUGGGAGCCUGGUUCGCCGAUCGUUUCGGUCGUAAACGGUGCCUGAUCCUGUCGAGCGUCUUUUACAUCAUCGGCUGGAUAAUCGUGUUGGUCGCGAGAAGCGUGGUGGCGUUGUACGUGGCUCGAGUGAUCCUGGGUAUAGGGGUCGGUAUAUCGUACACAGCGAAUCCGAUGUACAUUUCGGAAGUGGCUGACGUGAACAUCAGAGGCGCCCUGGGUACACUGAUAGCGGUGAACGUAUUCACUGGCUCGUUGUUCACCUGUAGCAUAGGUCCUUGGGUGUCAUAUCGGGUCCUAGUAGGUGUUCUUUUAACGAUACCCAUCCUGUUCGUCGUGAGCUUCGUCUGGUUCCCCGAGACGCCUCACUUCUUGGCGGCUAGAGGCAAGAAAACCGAGGCUGCGAAAUCGUUAGGGUUCUUCAAGGGUAUCCACGACAGCACGGAAGCGAAGAGGGAAUUGUACUUGGUUCUGCGAUUGUCGUCGGACAAUCAAAAGAACCGUCUGUCGGUGAAUUCCACUCAAAACACAACGAUAGACAAGCACACGUGGCUGGUCAGGUUAAAGACGAUGUGGCUACCGACUAACCUGAAGGCACUGAAGAUUGUUCUCGGCCUGAUUGCCGCCCAGCAACUUAGCGGGAACUUCAGCACCAUGCAGUAUCUGCAGGUGUUGUUCGAGAAAUCGGCGAUCGGCAUCGAUCCGAAAAUAGCGACGAUUCUGGUGUUGGUUGUGGGCCUCGUUUCCGGUGGUUUGGCUACCGCGACGGUGGAAGGAGCCGGGCGAAGACCGCUUCUGAUUCUCUCCAGCUUGGGAUCGUUCGUCACUUUGGCCGUGCUCGCGAUCUAUCUUAUGCUCGAGGCGAGGGGUGUCGACGUUUCCGCGGUGAAUUAUCUGUCUGUGGUCGAUGUGAUCGUUUUUCAGAUUGCUUAUCAGAUCGGGCUCGGCACGUUGACCAACGCGCUCAUCGGUGAACUGUUUCCUGGCGAGGUUAAGGGAACCGCCGGCGCUAUUGUUACGGUUUUCGAUGGGAUACUGGGUUUUACGGUCUCGAAGUUAUACCAGGUUAUCGGGGACAGUUUCGGAUCGCAUACGGUUUACCUCUUUUUCUCGGUGUCCUGCUUCCUCGCGUUUCUAAUGGUGGUGUUCUUUGUGCCGGAAACGAAGGGCAGGACUUACAAUGAGAUUCAAGUGCUUCUUAGCGGGGGAAACCCGACGAAUAAACGAGUGGAGGAAGAUGAGGACGUUUUAGCGUGACUACGCGUGAAACACGUUAUUUUUGUAUAUGAUAUAAGAUUUCUAAUUUUUUAGGUCUAUUUAUGUAUUAGUA